UUCACUCCCAGUCUUCCAAUUCAGCUAAACCCCUGGCAGAACCCUAAACAUACAUUUCUGCGCACCUCCUUCUCCCUCUCCCUCUCGUAUAGGGUAAAAUGGCGCUCUCGAAACUCUCAUCCUUCAAUCACCACAUUAGAACCCUAACCAGACGUCAUUUCCUGCCCCAACCGUCGCCGCCGAGCUUCUUAUGCCUUCGCCUCUUCUCAUUCGCCACCCCGGAAGAGGCCGCCGCCGAGCGCCGUAAACGCAAGCGCCGCCUUCGCAUCGAGCCUCCGAUUUCCGCGCUUCGCCAACAACAGCAGCAGCAGCAACCUCGCCCCACCACCCCGCAAAACCCUAACCCCAAUGCUCCGAAAAUCCCCGAAACCGUCUCGGUGCUGACCGGGAACCGGCUCAACCUCCACAACCGCAUUCUCAAGCUGAUCCGCGAGAAUGAUUUGGAGGAAGCCGCGCUUCUCACUCGCCACUCUAUCUACUCCAACUGCCGCCCCACAAUCUUCACCUGUAAUUCCGUCAUGGCAGCGCAGCUUCGCCAAUCGCGCUACGCUGACCUUCUAUCGCUUCACCGCUUCAUCACCCAGGCCGGCGUCGCCGCCAAUAUUGUCACGCACAACCUUCUUCUCUCCGCCUACAUGGAUUGCCGCAAGACCGAUAUAGCGAUGGAGCACUACAAGCAGCUUAUAAAUGAUGCCCCCUUCAACCCCUCGCCCACCACCUACCGGAUUUUAAUCAAGGGUCUCGUCGAUAACAAUAAGAUUGAAAAGGCACUUGAAUUGAAGGAAGAGAUGUUAUCCAAGGGAUUCAAAGCGGACCCCAUUGUGUAUAGCUAUUUGAUGUCUGCUCAAGCUAACAACUCAGACGCUGAUAGCAUUUUCAAUCUUUAUGAAGAAUUGAAGGAAAAAUUGGGAGGCUCUGUCUCUGAUGGAGUGAUUUAUGGCAGCUUGAUGAAAGGUUACUUCUUGAGGGGAAUGGAGGAGAAGGCUAUGGAGUGUUAUGCAGAAGCUGUGGGUGAGAAUUCCACAAUUAAGAUGAGCGCCGUGGCUUUUAAUCACAUCUUAGAUGCAUUGAGCAAGAAUGGCAAGUUUGAUGAGGCUCUGAAACUAUUUGAUAGGAUGAUGACUGAGCAUGAUCCUCCCAAAACAUUGACUGUUAACUUGGGGAGCUUCAAUGUGAUGGUGGAUGGUUAUUGUGCCGAAGGGAAAUUCACUGAUGCUAUUAAUGUUUUCAAGUCAAUGGGUGCAAAGAGGUGUAGCCCAGAUACAAUGUCAUAUAAUAAUCUGAUUGAACACUUGUGCAAUAAUGAUAUGUUGGGCGAGGCGGAGGAGCUUUACAAGGAUAUGGCAGAGAAGAAAGUGAGCCCUGAUGAGGCUACAUUUGUUUUGUUGAUGGACACUUGCUUCAAGGAAAAUAGGCCUGAUGAUGCAGCUCAUUAUUUUAAGACAAUGGUUGAAUCAAAGCUGCGGCCUAAUAUUGGGGUGUAUAAUAGAUUGGUUGAAGGAUUGGUUAAAGUUGGGAAGGUUGAUGAAGCAAAAUCGUUUUUUGAUAUGAUGAUGGGGAAGCUCCGAAUGAAGGAUGAUGAGUACAAGUUCAUGAUGAAUGCAUUGUUUGAGAUCGGGAAGCAUGACGAGGUGCUUGCCAUUGUGGAUAGGGUGUUAAGGGAGGACCCAACUGAUCUUACUGAUGAGUUGAAAGAAUUUGUUGGAGAAGAGCUGAGGAAAGAAGGAAGAGAAGAGGAGUUGCCAAAGCUUAUAGAAGACAUAGAAAGGGAGAAAGCUGAAGCUGCAGCUAAGGUUGCUGAAGAAGCAGAAAGGGCAAAGGCCAGUACCAGAGAAGCAGUUAAUGCUUUGUUGAACACCCCCAGAUUGUUUGGAAAGAAGGAACCUGAAGAUCAAUCAGCAGCUUCAACAGUGAAUUCUGCUGAGGCAGUAGAGAUUGGAGAAGAGGAGAUUGCUGAUGCAGUGUCAAAUGCUAGUGGUGAUGCCACAACUGGGCACACCACAGCAUGAACACAGAAGACUGGUUAAACCAUACAAGAUUUUGCCUUUUUUCCAAGUACAUUGGCCCUGGGUUUAAGAUUAUCAAAAGAAGCCUAAACAAAUCGCUUUCUUUCCAAGAACAGACUAGUUGGUUCUAAGAGCAGUGAAUCCAACAGAUUUCUUGAGUGUCAAGUUUAUUUGUGGCAUGAAAGAUUAUAAUCAUGUAACUAGUUCAGAUUGGAAAUAAAAUUACUUACUAAUCAUGUGUUAGUUUUUGUUUGUGAAACUACUUUGUACUAAUGUUGUCAGUUCCAAUUGCAUUAUGAGUUUUUGCUUCUUAAA